GGAUAGCUGCUAAACAGUUAAGAGAGAGAGAGAGAGAAAGAGAGAGAGAGAGAGCGAGAGAGAGAGUAAGAGGCGGUGGAGGGAGAGAUCCUCUUAUGCUGAAGGAGCACGGAGGAACAGUUAGACUCACUCCGUGUUUCUGGAUUGUUCAUGGUCAUGUUCACUCUCCACUUAUGAUAAGAGUGCAGAACAUUUGCCGCUCUUUAAUUUGGACUAAUUUGCAGGUCUUUGACUUCAUCAGGUUUUUGGGUCUUCUCUGCAUGUGAACUGUUGCUGUGGCUGCAUUAAAAUGAAGGUGCUGUGUUUGAACUUUGCCAUCAGCUGUCUGUGGAUUCUGCCUUCAGCGGUUCAGGAAACAGCCAAUCCCUUGGACUUUGACAGUCAGCAGUGGAUGGAGGAUGAGGGAGGAAGAGAGGGAGCAGUGGGAGCUGCAUUGAAGGUUAAACACAUCUCUAAGGAUUUGCAAAUCAUCUCCACCAAACAUAAAACUCCUGCUUAUGGUUCACUUGGUCCAUAUGGUUGGCCACAAAAUGUCUCCCAAGCCAUGGAACAGUAUCAGUAUCGAGCUGCUUCCAAAUCCAAAUCUCCGGCAAAGACCUCACCAAAGGCCAAAAAAAUCCUGGGUUGGGGUGAUUUCUACUUCAAUGUGAAGACACUGAAAUUCAGCCUCCUGGUGACCGGUAAAAUUGUAGACCACAUCAAUGGGACGUUUAGCGUCUACUUCAGGCACAACUCAUCCCGUUUGGGAAACAUAUCCGUCAGCAUCGUCCCGCCCUCCAAAGCUGUGGGAUGGGAGGUUCUGUAUCCUGCGUCUCAAAGUGUGCACCCCAAAAACUCCGUCUUGGUUUCUAAUGUCACGCCUCAUUUUCAGAGCCCCCCUCACUCCACCAGCUCCACCCAUCCUGACCUGCAGAAGCAGCAGCAGGACCUGACGAUGACCGAACUCAACUGCCGCAUUGAAUACCAGAGAACCAAUCGAUCCAAGAAGACCAAGCCCUGCAUGUAUAACCCGGGGGAGACCUGCUACUCAGAAAACACCCAGUCCCAGGCGGCCUGGAUCUGUGCCAAACCUUUCAAAGUUAUAUGCAUCUUCAUCGUCUUCACUGGCACUGAUUAUAGGCUCGUGCAGAAAAUCUGUCCAGACCACAACUUUCAGACGGAGAACCAGCAGCAGCAACACUUCGGAUGACAAAUUAUGUCGGAAGUGGACACUGAAAUAUCAGCACUGACACGUCAUACAUCCAAUCCUGACAAUUUUGCUGCCAUUAGCACACAUGUAAAGUAAACAGUGUGAUUUUACACAUCAUUUAUUGGUCCAUUCUCAUUUCUCUUUGUUAUCCCUGUUAUUUACUUGUUAACUUUUGAACAGAUCAAAUGUAAAGAAUGUAUCCUUGUGAAUUGGAAUGUCAUUCUGAACGUCAAGUGUUUUAUGAUCAGAGGUCCUUAUUUGACUUAAACAACAGUCAACAAACAUUGGAGUAUUUUAGCGUUUGAUUCGUUUAGCAGAACCGUGCUAUUCUUGGAAAUAUAUUUUAUCCCCACCCACACGGAGCAUUUUCCUGGAAAAAUCUAGAGUAGUACAUCCACCUCUGACCUGGGACAGGCCAACAGGAAGUACCAGGAUAUACUGCAGUUGACUUGGAGGGGAAAUGGUGAAUUGGUAGAUACCCAGUGUGGACCACACUGCAAUAACAAAUGUUGUCUUUCAUCAUUUAAUCAUUUCACCAAAGGAUGCAGUCAGUGAAACCAUUUCAUUCAUGUAAGUCUUUUGGCAGAAAAAAGUGGGAGGAAGAAAAAUGAAUAUUAAAUCAUUUUUCUGAUGCUUUUCUGAUCGUACAUCACUGGAAUAUAAUCAUUGUGUAUUCUGAAACUACAAUCAGCCAGUGAAAAGCAUUCUUAUAAACUGAUUGAUUUUGUUCUUCUCUAAGGCUGUCAAUUAACAUGUUUGCUUCGUCAGCAUGUCCAUGUGGGCUCCAUGUGUCAAAGGUUUGUUUAGGCUCCAAAUUAUAAAUCAGGAUGGCUAGACAAUUUUGGUGGAUAAUAAACUGAAGGUUACAACAAGAUAAAUAAAAACCGUAUGUUUAGACAUACAUGUUAAAAUUGUCUGUAUUCUUUGGAAACAUGGACUGGGAACAGAUUCACAGCAGCUAUUAUUAAUAAAAUAAUUAUUCUUCAAAGAC